AUGUCCAUUAAAUUACUGUCUGUAUUCUCCCAAGAAAUUAUAAACUUAUUAAACGAUAGCGAUGAAUAUAAUGUGAUAAUUCAUGUCGGAAAAGGCGAAAACGUGAAAACUUACUAUAAAACUGCUUUAUCCAAACAAUGGGCCAAGAAAGAAGGCGAUUCUAGCAUUUUACGACAACCUAAUGUUACUCCAAAGGUUUUCGAAAUCAUUCUCAAUGGAACGAUUACUUUGAAUGAUAGAGAUAUAAUGGAGGUGCUAGAAAUCUUAGCAGCUGCCGAUGAAUUAUUACUCACAGAUCUAUUGGAUUUCAUUCAAGAUCAUUUAAUAGAAACAAAAUCAGAAUGGUUACAUUCUUAUAUCUUAAAGGUCUAUCAGGCAACAUUAUCGCAUGAUUCUUGUUCUAUUUUACAAGAAUUUAUAUUAGCUACAAUUUCUUCGGAUCCUGAAUUAUUAUUUAAAUCUCCUGAUUUCCUAAAGGACGAAAGUUAUGGUCCUUGCUUUGGGGAUAAAGAUCUUUGGAUGCAAGGUGACUUUAGUCAACCUGAUAAUUUAAAUUUAGAUGUUGAUGCUAAUGCUAUUAGAUAUAUUUAUAAUAAGAAGAGAAACUCUAUUCCGAAAGGUGUUAAACGGAAUGAUGAGAAAAGACAAUCUCCAAUUUCCGCAUCUGCUCACGGUGAUGCUAACUUUGAAUUCAGUUAUGCCCCACAUUGA